AUGGUAGGUUGCACGAUCCCGAUAAUAAAAGAGAAAAAUGUUUAAAAAAUAUAUAAUUUAAUACCAAAUUCAUUACCUGAUGAAAUGAAAGAGUCUCUGAAAUCUUCUGUAGACAAUUUUGCUAAAGAAGAUUCUGAUUUAGAAAAAAUUGAAGAUUAUGUAUCAAAAGUCAAUUCAGAUGAUAUUAAUAUUUCAUAUUAUGGACUUAAUCGAUGCCGAAAAUUAUUGAGCAAUGCUAAGUAAUCUAUACCUACAGAAUCACUUAUUGAUUUGAUUCUUAAAACUAAUGUUCACAUAAAAGUUUUUGAUAUAGCCAAAAACAAUAGUAUUCCAUUGUUAAAAUAUGAGGCUCUCUGGAUAGUUUGUAACAUUGGAUGUGGAACUUAAAAAUAAAUUUAAAAUAUUUUAGAUAAUGAUGGAAUUAAUAUUCUUUUUCUGGCGCUUGAAUCUGAAUAUGAUGAAAUAAUUGAAUUAGGAGUUUGGGCAUUAGCAAAUAUUUCAGGGGACAAUGUUUAAUUUAGAGAUUUGCUAUUAAAUCAAGGAAUAGUAGAACCCUUAAUCAAAUUAGCAAUGCGGUAUAUAACUGAUACCUCUGACGUCUUUAAAACUAUUGUGUGGGCAAUUAGUAAUUUAGCCAGAGGAAAACCAACCCCAAAAAUUUAUUAAAAGGAAUUAAUGUCGAUUCUUUCAGAAAUAAUAAAUAAUAUUGAGGACGAAGAAUUGUUAAUAGAUGCUUGUUGGGGUUUGAGUUAUUUAAGCGAAUAAGAAAAUCAUAUAGAUACAUUAAUUGGUUUUGGCAUUGUUGAUAAAUUAGCUCUACUACUAUAAUCAGAAAAAUAAUCUCUUGUAAUUCCUGCUUUAAGAAUAAUAGGGAAUAUUUUGACUGGAAAUGAGGAAUAAACAAAUCAUGUUUUAAAUACUGGAGUGCUAUCAAAAUUUGAAAUUCUGCUUAAACAUAAAAAUAAAGCAAUUCGCAGAGAAAUUUGUUGGUCUUUGUCUAAUAUUGCUGCUGGUACUGCAGCCUAAGUAAAAUAAAUCAUCAGAAAUGAUUCCCUUUUGAGUUCUUUGUUUGAAGAAUUAGAAAAAGGAACCCCAGAAAUAAAAAAAGAAAUUGCCUUCAUUCUAUCAAAUUCUGUUAUUUAUGCAGAAUUAAAAGACUUAGAUCAUCUUGUUAUGUCUCAUGGAUUAAUUUAAAAAUUAUCUAGCCUUUUAGAUAUGAGUGAUAAAACAGUUAUUUAAGUAAGUCUGGAGGGAAUUUUUGAAUUUCUAAAAAGAUUUUAACAUGAUGAAAAAUUUGAAAUCUAUAAAUAAAUUAUCAAAGAGUCAAACUUGAUAGAAAAAGUAGAAUAAAAAUAGACUCAUUCAUCUAAUGUAAUUUAUGAGAACUCUAUUAAAAUUUUGAAUUUUUUGGAUCCUGAAGAAUUUAUCUGA